CGCGUUGAGUCAUGAAGACGCGUUUAGUGGUAAUGUUGCUCACAUCUUGCUUGUUUGCAAAGGGUUGUUUAUCUGAUAACUAUGCAGACCAAUGCGACUCGAAUAUCACGGAAAUUUAUCGGCAUAGUGAAUGGCUCAGGAAAAUGGAUUCGACCUUAGAGUAUCUUGAAAUAUGCAAAAAUAACAUAACAAUACUUGAUCCUGGCGCCUUUCAACGCUUCCCGAAGCUAAUUCGAUUGGUGCUAGAUGACAACAGUCGGUUAAAAUUCCCGUUCAAUGGAACACAAUUUCUCAGUCAGGAUAGUUUGAUUGAUCUACAAUGCGAACGUUGCGGAAUCGAAAAAAUCUACAGUCAGUCUUUGAGAUAUAUGCCGAAACUGGAAAUAAUUAAUUUGAAUGCCAACGCAAUUGCCGAAAUUUCUCCCGAUGCUUUUCUGGGCAAUCGUGAUUUGAAAGUGAUCAUUUUGAGUCAAAACAACUUGAGUUCUCUAUCGAACGAACUGCUGGUGGAGCUCAGCGCUGUGAAAGUCCUGAAUGUUAGCAUGAAUCCGUUGCUCGAACCAGAGAAGAAAAAACCUUUCCUCAAAAGUAGCGUUUUAGAAGAACUUUGGUGCGAUGAAUGCGGUUUCAGUAUAAUUUAUUAUGACACAUUUGCCAAACUCCCUAAUUUGACUCGGCUAAAUCUGAGGCGGAACGAAAUCGUUAAAAUUACGACUCCAGCAUUGCUAAGCCACGAGAAUCUCUCUAUACUGAUGCUUCAGAAUAAUCAACUCAGUAGCAUCAAUGUGAUUCUGUUGAAUAAGUUGAAUAAACUAUGCCUUGAUGGCAACACCAUUAAAUUGAACUGUUCACUAAUAGCGAGUGUAGAAAUAGAAACAUUUUACUGUUCCAGUUCCUCUGGCGUCGGGCCAGAAUGCAUAGUCGAAACUACGACUGUAGGUUCCGAGCUGGGAACCUUAUCGUCAACAGCUGCAACGGUGACAACUGAGAUAACGGAGACAACGGUGAUUUCAAAAAUGCCCGUGACAAUCCAAGCUCUUUCACAAACUUCAACAGUACCUUCGAUAUCUCUACCGGUAUUAGUAAGAAAGGAGUUCAAUGCGGAGACCAUUACCGGUAUAUCCGACGCUUAUAUUAGCGGUUAUCUGUUGGUGAUAUGCUUAGUACAGAUAGGUGUUGCGUUUGUGUUGUUUGUUUACCUAAAGCUGAAAAAGUAUGACUCAAACCCCGAGGUAAACAUCUACUCAGAAAACAUAAUCAACCCUAACGCGAUCCAUACGGCAAUCUACUGAUAACGUUCGGAUGUUUGCUUUAUUCCAUACAAUGACAUAACUGUUCAAUGCAAAAAUAGAAUAACAGCUUUAGUUUUCAUGAUAAACGAUAACGAUAAUACCAGGAAACAGCAACGAGUUGAUCAACUCUUUUAGCGGCGGCACCUUUAGAAUAAUCGGGUAUGUUUUGAAAACUAAAAUCUAAAAUUAGCCCGGGUUGGCAGUUUCAUGCAUAGGACGCUGGUCUUACAAGCCGUAUGUUCGAGCACCGACCUGGAAGGAUUCUUAGAAUCGGCUGCGAAGUCUGUUGAAACAGAAAGGCCAAAUUCCACAAAAGGAAUGUAAUGCCAAGACUUUGACUUUUGAAAACUAAAAAAGAACCAGAGCGUCCAACAAUGUGGCUUAUAUUUCAUCUUUGUAAAAAAAAUGUUCCUAACUUUUAUUUCAUUCGAAAACUAGUUUAGUUCUCAAGCUAACUAAGCUAACCUAGUAACAAUUAUAACUUGUUGAAAAUUUAGGAUAUUGAACAACUGUUUCAGAAUCGAGUUUUAUUUUCGGUAGGUUACAAAAGGUGAUCAAAAAAAUGAAAGCCCAUUAUGCAACUAAUCUCUGUUCAGUUUCGUAACAAUUUGGAAACAUCAAUAGCAGUUGUGCAGAGCUUGGAGCAAAUUGAGCUAACAAUAAAUUAAACAUACA